CGGAGUCUGACCCAGGCGCUGCUCGGAGGGAGACACGCUCUGCGCUGCUGCAGCCACUUAUCACCGCCGCUGUCACCCGCUAGAGGUCGCUGUGCUGCCUGCCACCUGCGCUCCCGAGUUAAAGCCCAGUGCCCGGGGGGAGCUCACCAUCCAUCGCUGGCACUGGACGGGCACCGACCACCUUCCCGGACUAUACCCCGCUUCUUCCAUCAAAGUCGGGACCCCUGUGAGGAGGAGAGUGGGGGGACUUUACCCCUGGGAUCUGUACACUGAGGAGCUACCACCUGCUCAUUGUUAUUGGAGAUCAUUGGACCCCCCAAUAUUCUCAGGAUGACCCCCGAAUACUUCCUCAGGUCCCUUCUGAUGAUCAUACUGGCCGUCUUCUCCGCCAAUGCCAGCAACUGGCUGUACCUUGCAAAACUGUCGUCGGUGGGCAGCAUUUCAGAAGAGGAGACUUGUGAGAAGCUGAAGGGAUUAAUUCAGCGCCAGGUGCAGAUGUGUAAGAGGAAUCUGGAAGUCAUGGACUCCGUCAGGCGGGGGGCUCAGUUGGCCAUUGAGGAAUGCCAGUAUCAGUUCAGGAAUCGGCGGUGGAACUGCUCCACGCUGGACACGCUGCCCGUAUUCGGGAAGGUGGUGACGCAAGGCACCAGAGAAGCAGCUUUCGUGUACGCAAUUUCAUCAGCGGGGGUCGCCUUCGCAGUCACCAGGGCGUGCAGCAGUGGAGAUCUAGAAAAAUGUGGCUGCGAUCGGACGGUACAUGGUGUGAGUCCUCAAGGGUUCCAGUGGUCUGGUUGUUCCGAUAACAUUGCAUAUGGAGUCGCUUUCUCACAGUCUUUUGUUGAUGUACGAGAGCGGGGUAAAGGAGCAUCAUCCAGUCGAGCUCUCAUGAAUCUCCACAACAACGAGGCAGGAAGAAAGGCCAUUCUCAACAACAUGCGAGUGGAAUGUAAGUGUCAUGGAGUCUCCGGAUCCUGCGAGGUAAAGACCUGCUGGAAAGCCAUGCCUCCGUUUCGUAAAGUUGGUAAUGUCUUGAAGGAGAAAUUCGACGGAGCUACUGAAGCGGAGCAGAAAAAGAUUGGCACGACCAAAGUCUUAGUGCCUAAAAAUUCUCAGUUCAAGCCACACACAGAUGAAGACCUGGUAUAUAUAGACUCCAGCCCAGACUUCUGUGACCACGACUUAAAGAACGGAGUUUUGGGAACAACAGGUCGGCAGUGCAACAAAACUUCCAAGGCCAUUGAUGGUUGUGAGCUUAUGUGCUGCGGCCGAGGCUUUCACACAGAAGAAGUGGAAAUAGUAGAAAGAUGCAGCUGUAAGUUCCAUUGGUGCUGCUUUGUCAAAUGUAAACAGUGCCACAAAGUGGUGGAAAUGCACACAUGUCGGUGAUCUCCACAAAUCAGCCACCAAAAUGGACAACAUGGACCUCAUCGAACCAUUCCUUCCACCACAAUUGGUGAAGCUCCAUAGACUGCAAAGAAAUUAAGGAGGGACAAUAGAAUUUUUUUUUUUUAAGAAUGAAUAUUUAAAAGUCCCUAAAUCUCACUGAUGUAUAUUUGUGUCCUUUUUCUUAUUUAUUGCCGACAAACAUUGAAGUUGUGAUUCGUCGCUUCCCAUCAACACGUGGUGGAUUUUUAUUUUGCGUUGCUGCUUCUACAGUGAUGGAGACCGAGAUGUGCCCCAAGAAAAAAAACUGCUGAAGGAAUGGAACUCCUAAAAUAUUCAAAACAAAUAAAAAAGAAUAAAAAUGUUAAAAACUUAUAUAGGAUGACCACUAUCCAUUUCGCUAUUCCAGUGACAUUUGACUAACUUCCACCAGAUGACCAAAAUAACUAAUGGAAACUUCAUUAUAUUUUUAAAUAAAAACAAAAAAUGUUAGCAUA